AUGUCCGUGGACCAGCAGCAGCAGCAGCAUUACCUGGGCUUCAGCGACAACAUGCCCGGGUGGAUGAGGACCGAGAUGGAGCGCCUGUCCCGAGAGCUCACCGAGACCACCAACGAGAAGAUCCAGGCGGCGGAGUAUGGGCUGGCGGUGCUGGAGGAGAAGCAGCAGCUCAAGCAGCAGUACGAAGAGCUGGAGACAGAGUAUGAGAGCAUCAGACACGAGCUUGACCAGUUGAAAGAGGCGUUCGGACAGGUCCACUCCAACCACAGGAAGGUGGCGGCGGACGGAGAGAGCCGGGAAGAGUCCUUGAUCCUGGAGUCCGCGUGUAAAGAGGCCUACUACGAGCAGAGGGUCCUGGAACUGCAGAACGAGCUCCGACAGAACCGCAACCUGCUGACCAACACGCAGUCCGAGAACGAGCGCCUGAACACCAUCUCCCAGGACAUCCGAGAGAAACACGAGAUGGUGGAGCUGCAGAGGAGUCAGCUGCGCGAUGACAUCAAAGAGUACAAGUUCCGCGAGGCCCGUCUGCUGCAGGACUACUCUGAGCUGGAGGAGGAGAACAUCUCUCUGCAGAAGCAAGUGUCAGCACUGAAGCAAAGCCAGGUGGAGUUCGAGGGUCUGAAGCAUGAGAUCCGGCGGUUGGAGGAGGACACAGGCUUUCUGAACAGCCAGCUGGAGGACGCCAUCCGCCUGAAGGAGAUCGCAGAGAGGCAGCUGGGAGAAGCUCUGGAGACCAUCAAGACGGAGAGGGAGCUGAAGGCCUCGCUGCGCAAAGAGCUGUCCCAUUACAUGAACAUCGGAGACACGCUUUAUCACAGUCCUCUCAGCAUCUCUCUGGACGGCCUCAAGUUCAGCGACGACUCCUCCACUGAGCCCAACAACGACGAGGCCCUGCAGGGCUUCGAGAGCGGCUUCAUGAAACUGGCCAGCACCAUCGCCGAGGACAACCGGGCCUCCACCCCCACCAAAGAGGAGCACACCCGGCCCGCGCCCAGCCUGGUGGACGACCUGCUCAGCGAACUCAACAUCUCUGAGAUCCAGAAGCUCAAACAGCAGCUGCUGCAGAUGGAGCGUGAGAAGGUGUCUCUGCUCUCCACGCUGCAGGAGGCUCAGAAGCAGCUGGAGCAGGUCAACGGCGCUCUGUCCGACCAUCAGGAGAAGGUCAGCCGCCUCACGGAGAACCUCAACACCAUCCGCAAGCUCCAGGCCAGCAAGGAGCGGCAGUCUGCCCUGGACAACGAGAAGGAGCGGGACAGCCACGAGGACGGGGACUACUACGAGGUGGACAUCAACGGGCCCGAGAUCCUGGAGUGCAAGUACAAGGUGGCUGUGUCCGAGGCUGGGGAGCUGAAGGAGGAGCUGAAAACUCUCAAAGCAGAAUACCAGAGCUGUCAGUCACGCUACGAAGAGGAGCGAGCCCGACUGGAGAGCGACGUCACCACGCUGGGAGAGAAGCUGGCCGCGCUGGAGAAAGUCAGCAAUGCCGAGAGAAACGAGAAGACCAGGCUGGAGAAGGAGCUGCGCAAGGUGAGUGAUGUGGCGGGUGAGUCCCAGGGCAGCCUCAGCGUGGCGCAGGACGAGCUGGUGACCUUCAGCGAGGAGCUGGCCACGCUCUACAACCACGUGUGCUUGUGCAACAACGAGACGCCCAACCGGGUCAUGCUGGACUUCUACAAGGAGGGCAAGGGCGGCCGCAGCAGCCCGGAGGGACGUGGCCGCCGCUCACCCAUCCUCCUCCCCAAAGGCCUGUCCCCAGACCCGGGUUACUACAGCGACAGCUCUCCUUCUCCCAUCUCCUCGACUUUGACCUCGCCCGUGUCCGACCACCGCAGAGAGCCGAUGAACGUGUACAACCUCGUGGCCAUCAUCCGGGAUCAGAUCAAGCACCUGCAGCUGGCCGUAGACCGCACCACGGAGCUGUCCCGGCAGAGGGUGGCCUCGCUGGAGCUGGGCAUGGUCGGCGACAAGGACAAGGAGGCGUGCAUGGAGGAGAUCCUCAAACUCAAGUCCCUGCUCAGCACCAAGAGAGAGCAGAUCGCCACGCUAAGAACCGUCCUCAAAGCCAACAAGCAGACCGCUGAAGUUGCUCUGGCCAACCUGAAGAGCAAGUACGAGAACGAAAAGGCCAUGGUGACGGAGACCAUGAUGAAACUGAGGAACGAGCUGAAGGCGCUGAAAGAAGACGCCGCCACCUUCUCUUCGCUGCGGGCCAUGUUCGCCACACGGUGUGAUGAGUACGUCACUCAGCUGGAUCAGAUGCAGAGGCAGCUGGCAGCAGCAGAGGAUGAGAAGAAGACCCUGAACUCCCUGCUGCGGAUGGCCAUUCAGCAGAAGCUGGCCCUGACGCAGCGCCUGGAGGACCUGGAGUUUGACCACGAGCAGACGAGGCGCGGGGGCAUCGCGGGCCGCUCUAAAGGCCGCAGCAAAGCCCCCGCCUCCUCCACCAGUGCUCAUGUAAGUCCCAGUCUGUCCUGCUCCAGCUCCGGACGCCCAGAGCUCAACACCGCUUUGCCCAACGGCAUCAUGGGAGGUCCCGUGGUGUUCUGCAGUGAGAAGUACAAGAUCUACUGCGACUGA